GAGCCGCAAAACACAUCAGAAAAAAACAUUUAUUCUCACAGCACUCAAUCCCAAACGAAAAUAAAAACAAACGCACACAUCACAGAAAUAAAUAGAGAGAAGAAGAUGGUGAAGCAGAACAAUAACGUGGAGAAGCUUGCGUCAAUGGAGCGGAGUGAUCUGAAGUACAAAGGUGUAAGGAAGCGAAAGUGGGGGAAGUAUGUUUCAGAAAUAAGGCUACCAAAUAGCCGCCAGAGGAUUUGGUUGGGAUCCUACGAUACCGCCGAGAAGGCGGCGCGUGCAUUUGACGCGGCCAUGUUUUGCUUACGUGGCGCCGCCGCCAAGUUCAAUUUCCCCGGUGCUCCGCCGGAGAUCGCCGGCGGCAGGUACAUGACCCCUCCCCAAAUUCAGGCCGCUGCCGCCCGGUAUGCCAAUUCUGACCCGGUUCGACCCUGUUCCACCUCGACUGAAACUUCCACGAUGUUGUCGGAGGAGACUAAAACGGUGAUGCCGGCAUCACCAUCACCGUCACCGUCCGAUGUGACUCUUCAAACGGAAUGUGACGUCACAGCCAUGAACGGGUCGGGCUCGGAUCUUUUUACAACAAUAGGGUCGGUUAACCACGAUUCUAUAUUUACGGGUUUUGAUGAUUUUGGUGGGGAUUUCUACCUGCCAGAGAUGCCGAGUUACGAUUAUGAAGAGGAGAAUUUGGAUGGUUUGAUAAUUGACGACACUUUCUUGUGGAGUUUCUGAGAAGUGUGUGAUUUGCAGAACAUUUCACAUAAUUAGAUUCAAUGGGAAAGGGCUAGAAAAGUAGAAAGACAUCAACAAAAUCGGGUCAUGGUAUUCGGAUUGUUUUAUUUUAUAUCCGUACGUACCAUGGAAAGAAUAUGAGGUUGGGGGGUUGGUCGGUUUUUACAAGACCAAAGCCCUUUCUAAUACCUUUUUUUUUUUUUUCAUACUACUAUUGUUUCAAUUUCCGGAGGAAAUUGAUUUCAUUCAUUCAAUUUUGCCAAGUGCCAAGGAUUUUGUAUAGUUGGGAAACAUAUGUUGUAAUUUUUAUUCUGAAUUAUA